AAAUACAAUUUUCUUAUUUGUGAAGUUUCUUUUGAAGACAAUCGGAGGAAAUUUUGUUCUGACAGCGGUGGAUGCUACUGGCACAGUUUCUGAAGAGACCGUAGGUCACCGGAAAACCGGCCGGAGCACGGAGGCGAAGAAUCAAGAUGAGCGUGAUCGACCUUUUGACCAGAGUAGACGCGAUCUGCCAGAAGUAUGACAAGUACGAUGUAGAGAAGCAGAGGGAUCUCAAUGUCUCCGGCGACGACGCCUUCGCUCGACUCUAUGCAACCGUCGAAGCCGACAUUGAAGCCGCUCUCCAGAAAGCGGAGGAUGCUUCCAAAGAGAAGAAUAGGGCAUCGGUGGUGGCGUUGAAUGCGGAGAUUCGUCGUACUAAGGCUCGAUUACUGGAGGAGGUCCCCAAGUUGCAGAGAUUGGCCGUGAAGAGGGUAAAAGGGCUAUCAACGGAAGAUCUUACUACUCGAAAUGAUUUGGUGCUUGCAUUGCCGGAUAGGAUUCAAGCUAUACCAGAUGGGACUACCACUGCAACCAAGAAGACUGGGGGUUGGACAUCCUCAGCUUCACGUACUGAUAUAAAAUUUGACUCAGAUGGACGAUUCGAUGAUGAAUACUUCCAACACACCGAGGAGUCAAGUCAGUUCAGGCAAGAGUAUGAAAUGCGGAAAAUGAAACAGGAUCAAGGAUUGGACAUGAUAUCAGAAGGGUUGGAUACUCUGAAGAACAUGGCUCAUGAUAUGAAUGAGGAAAUAGAUAGGCAAGUUCCUUUGAUGGACGAGAUUGACACUAAGGUGGACAAGGCUGCAUCUGACCUUAAGAACACCAAUGUUAGAUUAAAGCACACAGUUAAUCAGCUAAGGUCCAGCAGAAAUUUCUGUAUUGAUAUUGUUUUGUUGUGUAUAAUCUUGGGUAUUGCUGCCUAUCUAUACAAUGUGUUGAAGAAGUGAUCAGACAAUGGGGAAAAUCUUCUUGUUUUGUGGAAUAUCUGUAUUUAGCAACAUUAUCUGGUUCUGCCCUUGGAGGAGAAUGUAUGUCAUAUUCAUUUUACACUCAACUUAUUCUGUGUUGUCAUAUCCUGGUUAUGUUGCUUGAUUUUUUUUAAUGACAUCCAUGAGUGUCGAGGCCUGCUUGCACGAACCUUUUUCAUGCGUUAUGUUGCUUGAUUCUUGAAUGUUGCAUUCGUGCAUUGUUAAAAUUUGAACACUGGAUAUUUUAGCUCC